GAGAGUUUACGAAACAAGACGCGACAGAUCGAGACGAGCUGAAAAGGUCUGGAAUCUAGUCAUCCCGAUGCGUUGACCUUUUUCCUGUUACGAUUCACAACGUGCCUGUCACAACGCAUUGCAGUUUGGCGCCAAAUUCAGUUUACUCGAAGCUGCAAAAAUGGCGAACAAUUUAUUCAUCGUGCUCGAGGAAAAUAUGGAAGAUGUCGAGGACUACCUUUUAUUACAUCGUGGUCACGCAAACAACGUUAAUCUUCAUUUAGAGCUUCCAUAUUUUAAAUAUGAACGUUUUAGCUUGGAAGAUAUGGCCGAAGAGGAGUGCUCUGUUGAAAUGCGUUUCAAAAAGCAGGACAUAUACAAUCUUGUGCAAGCCCUUCAACUGCCAGAAGUUUAUCGAUGCUACAAUGGUGUCAUUGUUGGCCCCGUUGAAGCGCUUUGUGUCUGCUUGAAGCGUUUCACGUAUCCCUGCCGGUACGCGGAUUUAGUCCCAAGAUUCGGAAGGCCUGUUCCGCAACUAUGCAUGAUCUUCAACUUGGUGGUUGAGGAUAUUUAUGACAGGUUUUCCAAUCUACUGAACGACCUGAACCAGCCAUGGCUCUCAAGAGAGAAUCUCCAGUCAUUUGCUGAUGCAAUACACAACAAAGGUGCUGCAUUGGACAACUGCUGGGGAUUUGUUGAUGGCACUGUCAGGCCUAUAUGCAGGCCAACCAGGAAUCAAAGAGCUGUCUACAAUGGGCACAAAAGGGUUCAUGCACUCAAGUUUCAGUCAGUUGUUGCUCCAAAUGGUAUGAUUGCAAACCUUUUUGGGCCCGUUGAAGGUAGAAGACAUGACAGCAGACUGCUUGUAAUGUCUGGUCUACUGGAGCAAUUAGAACAGCACUCGUUUUCCCCAGAUGGUGCAACUCUUUGCAUCUAUGGUGACCCUGCAUACCCGCAUCGUGUUCACCUCCAGCGCCCGUUUGCAAGAAGAGCAGCUCUCACACCUGACGAGCUUGCUUUUAAUCAAUCAAUGAGUCAUGUCAGAAUUUCUGUUGAGUGGGUGUUUGGAGACAUCAUCAACUCCUUCAAGUUUGUGGAUUUCAAGAAAAAUCUCAAGAUUGGCCUCAGUUCUGUUGGGAAAUUUUAUGCUGUCAGUGCAUUGUUAAGAAAUGCUUUAACCUGCUUGUAUGGCAACAGCACUGCAAAAUUCUUUGAAGUCGAGCCCCCAACACUAAAUGAGUAUUUCUUGUAGAUAUACUUGAUUCCACAGACUUGAAAACCAGAAAGGCACAAUAAACAGUUUUUUUAAAAACUACCACAUUGCCAGAGUUAUUAUGGCAUCCCAGUAACACCACACUCAAUAUUGCCACACAUGUUGCAUUAGAAUUCAACAAACCUUCUCUAUUAUAGUUUGCUGUUCUGUUUAUUAGCCACAUCUGUUUAUAAAUGCCCCCUUGAUGAUAGCUGCUCAAAAUUAAGCUUAGAGAGAAAAAUAAUCUACACCUGUGUAAAUUAUACUUAUGUUAAAAAAACAAAUGCCACCGUCAGGCCAACAUGCAGGUCAACCAGGAUCCCGUUUCCAAAAGAAAUCAGUAUAUAUAGCUUUUUGAUGAAAUCCUCUCACAUUGAGAAAUAAACAGUGUUUGAAAUAAUAGCUAAAUCAAUAUUGUUUAUAAUCCAAUCAUCAAUAGCUGGAUCAUUAAUAUGGUAAAAAUUAUUUCUCAACUGGAAAAGAUGUGUGCCAUUUUCGAAAAUAGAUGCAGUAAAAUGUCUAUGUGCAGCAGCAUUUAAUAAAAAAAAUCAAUUAAGUGUUCACUAAAGAGUGUUACUUCAAUUAAUAAAGCAAAAUGGAAUAACUACAACAAAAAAUGU